AUGAAACUAGUAGACACAAAGAUAAAGAUAUUUUUGGCGCUUCUUUUAGCACAAAUAAAUUUAGUUUUAGCUCAGCAACCAACGAUAACUAGUGCAGCUGCAGAUUAUCAAUCGAUCAAAGUGGGUGGAACCAAUUUUGGUACUGUAAAGAACAAUGCAAUAUUGAUUGCACCUACCUAUCCACUUGGAACCAAUACCUCUUUGACUGCAGCCUUUAUAUCACCAACCAUUUUAAUCUUUGCUUGGGAUAAUAAUGUAUUGAAUGGACCGUUCCAAAUAUCUAUCAAUGGGCUGCUGACUGCCCCUUGGUAUGUGUCGUAUACUCCAUAUAUCGAUACAAUGACACCUGUUGGUACAGCCGGUGGUUCCAACAUCACUAUAAGAGGUUAUUCAUUCUAUCCAUUCGACAGUCUCGGUAAUGCACUUUCACAAACCGUCACCAUUGGAGAUACCAAUUGUCCAGUACUCUCAUCAUCGAUCGACGCCUCUUAUACCUAUAUUGUUUGUCGAGCUCCUGCCGGGUCAGGUACCAAAGUAGCAAUUGUAAAAAUCAAUAAUUUAGCAAACUAUUUCGAUUAUCUCUAUGCUCCUCCAGUCAUCACAUCGGUCACUCAAAGUGAAACUGAUUAUGGUCUAAUCAUUCAAGGUGAAAAUUUUGGUUGGAAUAUAAAUUUAAUAAGAAUUUAUAUAUCUACGUUGAUGGCAACUGUUAUAUCAUUUAAUGAUACUACAAUCUUUGCAGUUGCCACGGCUGAUACAAGCAAUGGAUUAAUCCAAAUUCAAGUCGAUAGUAUCAAUUCUGCAGAUUUUCCAGUCCAUUUUAAACCAGCCGUUACAUUUGUACCUACUAUUCCAGUAGCUGGUGGUAUAGUUACUAUUUCUGGGCGUUAUCUUUCAAUGACACGUACUGAUUUGACAGUAUUAUUCAACGACAAGCCGGCAACACACAUUUCAGAGUAUUACAACACAGUCUCUGCCUUUUUAGUAGUAAUGGCACCUGCAGGUGUUGGUGCCAACCUUUCAUUGACCAUCACCGCAGAUGGAAUUCAAUCCGAAACAUUCUUAUUCAGUUAUGAUGCUCCAACCCUCACAUCAAUGACGCAGGGAGUUGGAUCUGCCAUUUCAAUCAUUGGUACCAAUUUUGGCACUGAUUUGUCCGUCGUCACAGUCAUUACCAACGGUCAAGAAAUCUUACCAACCGGAUUCAUCUCAAAUGGCUUGGUGUUUAGUGCUCCUGUAGAUCUCAAGAAUGGAGUUAUCAAUGUUCGCGUUGGUAAUCAAAUGGCUGCAUCAAACCUUACAUUUGGUUUGGCUCCAGUACUAUCAUCCAUUUCGACUCUGUCAUUGGCUGGUGGUACGAUCACUAUCAAUGGUCGAUAUUUAAAUAGUGUAGAUUACCUAGGUACUCCAAUUGAUGUAACAGUAUUGUUGGAAAACUUGGCAUGUACCAACACAGUUGCCAACGGUGCCACGUUAACUUGUCACUAUCCAGGUGGACUAGGUGGAGCUCAAGCUAGUUUGUCUGUUUAUAUUGGUACUAAACAAACAUUGUUAUUGGUAUCUUUCCCACCUCCAAUUAUUACUUCUCAGUCUCUGACUCAAAAUACAAUCGAUGGAACUAUCACAGUGGUUGGUAAAAACUUUGGUGUAUUACCCUCAAAGAUUUCAUUAAUAUUUGGUACUCUUCAAUCUGUCAAUGAUACAACCGUCGUUUUUACAGUUGCCGAUACAAUUUCCAGUGCUCCCUUCACUCUUACUACAUUUUUUCAAACGUCAAACUCUGUUCAAUUUGUCGUCACCCCAUUGAUCACUGGUAUAUCUGGUGUAGAAACCCAAGGAUCAAGUACAACAUUGACAGGUAAAUACCUUGUAGCAAAGAGAGCCAAUCAGACACCUACAGUUGCUUCUAUCCAAAUUGAUGGUGGUACACCAAUAACAUCACAAAUUUCAAUGCAACCUAUACAAGGUACCUAUUUAACAUUCCCACUACCAGCUGGUACUGGAGUAAAUCAUACAUUGGUAUUAACCAUCGAUGGUAAAAGUGCUACCUUUGUAUUCUCGUAUCCAGCUCCAACUAUUAUUGGUAUAUCUCAACAAUCAGUUGUCAAUCACUACACCCAAACAAUCUCCAUCUCUGGUACUUCAUUUGGAGUGGUCAGUGGAAAUGUUAAAAUAAUAUUUGCUAAUCAACCAAAUGUUCAAUUAGAUCAAGUAUUUGUCAGUGACUCUUUAAUCACUGCAACUCUACCAAAGUUUGUACUCAAUGGUUUCGUGAUGGUCAAUGUCUCUGGUCAGUCUUCAUCUUCAUAUCCCAACCAAAUUGGACCAAUUCUCAAAUCAAUCACAUCAGCUGAUGCAGAAGGUGGUGAAAUCAAGAUUGGUGGUCUCUAUCUCAACAAUGUCGAUGCUUUUGGAUCAACCGUUCCAAUCACAGUCAUGUUCCCAGGUAAAACUCUAUGUACCAAUGUCGUAAAGAUUGCAGAUGAUCAAGAUAUGAGUUAUAUCACUUGUCAAGCUCCACCAGGUACCGGAAUUGAUAUUCAAGUUUCUGUUCAAGUCGGUACAUUAAUUGACACUAUCAACUUUGCCUAUGGUGCACCUGUCAUCUAUUCGGUUAUUGUCGCCAAUGAUAAUUCAGUAGUAUCUAUUGUUGGAAAGAACUUUGGAGAUUCACAAACAAGUGUAUCAGUUUAUCUUGGAAAUGUGCCAAUCAUUUCAUACAGUUAUGUCAACAAAACCCUCAUAGUGAUGCCUACAACUUCAACAAUGAGAAAUGCACUCAUCACUGCCAAGCUUGUAGAUGGUCGUGUCUCCAAUCCAGUACCACUUAAUUUGAAACCUAUCAUUACAUCUGUUUCAAAGCCAGUUAAAACAACAGGUGACCAAUUGACUAUUGUUGGAUCUGUUUUUAUCGAUGGAGCACAAUCACCAUCACCAGUCCAAUUCUCAUAUAUUGCACCUUUAAUCAGCAAUAUUGUUCAACAAGGUAGUAGUGAUGAUCUCAUUACAAUCAACAAUCAAAUCAUUGCAACAACAUUGGUAAACCCAGCAACUUUGUUUGCUAAAUUGACAGGUCCAUCAAAGAAUGGAGAUAUUAUAGUCAAUGUUGACGGUCAAGAUAGUAAUACUCAACCACUCAGCAUCAAGGCAUCUGUCACCUCUAUCACAUCCACCUCACCAUAUGGAGGUGUUGUUGAAUUAGUUGGUAAAUACCUUUGGACUACAAGAUUGGUUUCAACUCCAACAACCAUCUCUAUUCAAAUUGGAGGAGUAGAAUGUACAUCACCAGUUGCCAAUGGAAGUGAUGGAACCAAGUUGAAAUGUACUCUUGGUGAUGCAAGUCAAUUUGAAUCUGAUAUUGAAUUAUCAAUUGAUUCUGUCGAUGCCAAUUCAACAACCAUCAAUUACAGCAGUAAGCCACCAGUUCUCACAUCGAUUACACCUUCAUACUACCUCAUCUCAAGUGUCAUUACCAUUUAUGGUACUGAAUUCUAUACAUCAGCUACUGUCACCAUUGGAGGUAGUAGUUGUGGUGGUGUUGUAGUUGUCGAUGCACAACAUAUUACUUGUUUAUUUGAUAGUGAUGUCGGUAUUGCAACUUCAAUAUUGAAUUUAACUAUUGUUUCUGGAGAAUUAUCAACCACUCAAGUUGGAGUAUUCAAAUACACAUUGUUACAAUGUUUGAACUCAUGUUCAUCACAUGGAACCUGUGUCAGCUCUGGUCAAUGUCAAUGCAACAAUGGAUACAGUGGAGCUGAUUGUUCAAUCACAUACAGUCAAUCAUUGGUGUCGGGUGACUCUGGAUCAGUGUCAGGAGGUAAAUUCACAAUGUUUAACAACUCUAUGGAAUUCCUACUUUCACACAUUCAAGAAGUUCGUCAAGACAAUACUAUCGUUCAAACUAUUCCACUCACCAAAUGGGACGUAUAUGAUGAAUACGGAAAUACAACCGUUUACAACUCAACAUCAACCACUCACAACAUUGAACUCUAUGUCACCAAACAUUCAACAGCAUCUGUUCAAUCAUACCUUGGUGAUGAUCUUGUCAUCCCAUCCAACUCUAUCAAACACUUUAUGACUAUUGAUCGUUUUACAUUUGAAUCGAUCAACUCAUCACUACGUAUCAUCUAUCAAUUCAAAUCACCAUCACAAAUUGAAUACAACUGCGACAAUGAAACCACCAAAUAUCAAUACGAUACAUCAUCAUCAACAACAACCAUCAAAUCAUACAGCAUUGACACACCAGUCGGUACAAUGAUGGCAUCAUUCAGCAACCGUGCCAAUAUUGAUGACACCAAUGCAAUUGUAACAUCCAUCCAAGCAAUCACAUCAGUCGAUUCAACAACCCAAUCAACAGCAGGUAUCCAAUACAUUGGCAUACAAGUUCCAUCAUUUGCAGAUUUUGUUGAAAUCGAUCCAAUAUUCUCAGCCACAUCAAAGACUGCACCAUCAACCGAUGCCUGUAUUGGAUGGAGAGAGAUAUAUAGGGACGAAUUCAUAGCAUUUAAAUAUUUUGUAAAUAUAACAUAUCACAACGGUACUGAUGACGGUGGCGGCGGCGGCGGCGGCGGAGGAGGAGGAGCAGCAGCAGGAAAUAACAGUACCGAUCAAUCCAUCAAAAUGGAUUUCUACACAUCAAAAAACUCUGAGCACAUGUCAACAACAGACACCAUCUUGAAAUAUAUGCCUCUCUCCUUUAAUUGUAACAUAAGUUCACUCAUACCACCAGUCACCCUUCGAGACGCAACACAAAAAUCACCUUAUUUAAAUAUUAAAUUGUACAGUUAUUUUGAAAAUAAAUUAUUACUUGAAACGACAGCAGACUUGUAUCAAUACUACCAAUCAACUGGUAAGAAAUUAAAUGGAAUCUGUUUGGUCUUAAAUGGGAAAACAACAAUCGAUUCUCAACCAUGUACUUUUGGUCAAACUGGUUAUACCAAGUACAUUUAUAAAUUAUUAAUCAAAUAUCAUAUCAUAAUUUAUAGUUAUACAUCACAAUUUAUACCAGUUAUAGGAGAUACAAUAACCUAUUCAAAUGUUUUAAUAAGAAUUAAAUAUUUUAAAGACCCAUAUUUAAUAGCAGCAGAUAUAUCAAAGGGCACUUUUACUUUUGGAAUGGCAAAAGAUUUACAAGAAUCAUUGGGAACAUUUUUUUUAAUUUUUGGAGGUGUAUUUACAGUUUUAUUUGUUUUAAUUAUUUUAAUGAUGGUCAAGAAAAAAGGACUAUCCAAGUUAAUGGGUGGAUCAAAGAAUUCGAUGGACGAACAUUCCGACCACUCUAGUAGCGGCGGUAUGGAUGGUAUACCAAUGUCAAACUUGGACAUUAUUCGAGCUCAAAACUAUUUAGAUUCACAACAAUCAUCAAAUCAAUUGUCAAAUAAUAGUAGAGAAAGAAAUACUCUUACUCAUGACAUAAUAAAUGAAGUUGGUUAA